AUGUAUUCGGGACGGGCUCCUCAGGGCCCAUCGCAAAUCGAUUUUAGCAUAAUCGAAUUUUGCGAUCGAAUUAAAAAAGAAUUUGGACUAUUACAAGCACAAUGUCAAAGUUUAAAAUUUGAUUGUGAAAAAUUGGCACAAGAAAAAUUAGAAGUUCAUCGCCAGUAUAUAAUGUCAGAAAUAGCGAAACGUUAUUUGGGUAUAUGUCAUCAGAUGUUGCCAUGUUUACAGUCUGAGCAACAAAGUCAAGUGGCAACGGCUCUUGAACGAGCAAAAUCAGUGACGGUAGCGGAACUAAAUGCGAUUAUUGGGCAACAGAUGCAUCAAGGCUCAGGAUUUCCUCAUGCACAUGCACAAGCACAUCUUGCAGCUCUUGGAGCUCAUCCAGCCAGUGCCUAUGGUUUACCACCACCUGGAAAUUCUUUACCACCUGGAUUAUUAGCAUUGAACUCCGUUGCCGGAGGGCUCGCCGCUGCACAACAUGCAUUUCUGAAAGAAGAAAAAGAUAAUAACGAACGAGAAAAAUCAUCAGUUAACUUUGAUAAAAAAAGAAAUUCGAUAUCACCCCAUCAUGUAUCAGAAAAAUAUCGUGGACACAGUCGAUCACCACACGAACAUCAUGAAUCUAAAAAAAUCAAACGUGAAGAGGAGAGUGAAGGAGAAAAAAGUGAUGGUGAUUUAGUUGUUGAUGAUGCGAAUGAAAAUGACAGACAACUUGUGAAUGGUGUGCGAUCACCACAUGAAAAUGGAGAAUCGUCUAAAACAUCGUCGUCAAGAAAAUUAGAUGAAAAUAGUCGCAGUCCACAUAGCGAUAAUGGAUCAGCUAGAAGUACACCAUCGUUAAAAGGCAGUGAAAAAAGUGGCUCAGCUCCGUGUAGUAAAUCAUUACAAUCAAGUGGUCGUGGAAGUGUAAGACACUCACCAAAAUUACCCGCUUAUCCAUAUGGAUUUGUUCCUGAAAAUUUGGCAUUUGCUGGUCAAUUAUUAAAUUCGGCCAAUGCAUUAUCGGCUGCUUUUGGGCCAGCAGCUGCUCGUGGUUCAUCACUUUCAACGUUGAAUGAUUUAUAUUCUGUUAUGCGUGUACCACCACCAUCUUCGUCAAAUGCCCCAGUAACCGGUAAUGGUUCCGAGCGAAGUGGCAAAACUCAUUAUGCAUUUCAUACAGAUUCGGAUCCUAGCCAAUUUGAACCGUGUAAUUUUCCACCGGAUGCAUUUGAAGGUGUUGGUUUACCUAAACGAACACGUAUUCUGAAAACAUUAGUACAUGGUGACGUUGUUUGUGCUGUAACAAUAUCUGAAUCAACAAAACAUAUUUAUACGGGUGGAAAAGGAUGUGUGAAAGUAUGGGAUCUAAAAGAGAGUACAACAAAUUCAUUUGUAAAUAAACCAAUAGCACAAUUUGAAUGUUUGAAUCGUGAUAGUUAUAUUCGUUCAUGUAAAUUAUUGCCAGAUGGACGAACACUUGUUGUAGGAGGAGAAGCACCAACAAUUUCUAUUUGGGAUUUAAAUGUAUCCUCUUCAACGCCAAAUGGUACAACAAGUGGCAGUAAUUCUAAUUCAUCAACAUCAAGUACAUCAUCGUCCACAUCGCCAGUCGCAAGACUCAAAGGAGAAUUAUCAUCAAAAGCACAAGCUUGUUAUGCAUUAGCAAUUUCGCAAGAUGGGAAACUCUGUUUUAGUUGUUGUUCAGAUGGAAAUGUCGUUGUAUGGGACAUUCAAAAUCAAACAAUUGUUCGACAAUUUCAAGGUCAUAGUGAUGGAGCAAGUUGUAUUGAUCUAUGUUUUGAUGGCACAAAAGUAUGGACUGGUGGUUUAGAUUCAACUGUACGAUGUUGGGAUGUACGAGAAGGCAGACAAUUACAACAAUAUGAAUUUGAUUCACAAAUAUUUUCAUUAGGUUAUUGUCCAACAGGCGAUUGGUUAGCAGUUGGUAUGGAAAGUAAUUUAAUUGAUAUAUUAAAUGUAUCGAAACCGGAUAAAUAUCGUUUAACAUUACAUGAUAGUUGUGUACUAUCAUUAAAAUUUGCUCGUUCGGGUAAAUGGUUUAUUUCUACGGGAAAAGAUUCACAAAUAAUUGCAUGGAAAACUCCAUACGGUGCAAAACUAUUCGAUAACAAAGAAAAUUCAUCUGUACUUAGCUGUGAUGUAUCAAGCGAUGAUAAAUAUAUUGUUACUGGUAGCGGCGAUAAAAAGGCUACAUUAUACGAAGUCAUUUAUGAACGAUGA